AUGUUUCCUCAUUAAUUGUGAAAACGAUGACGUUUUUUCGCCUGAGGUGUUUCAAACUGCCGAACCCUUUCACGGAAUCUUUCACGGCCUUCUUCACACACUGCGUCAUUCUAAACUACCACUGGACGUACGAUCUAACUGGGGCCGUAGAAAGUGCCAAACGUUACCUUCUUAUCUCGUGAUCAAGAGAAGACUGACCAUGUGCCGGAUUGCCGUUUUAGUUUUGUUGGUCACUAUCUGGACAACAGUUGUUGCUGGAGAGCAAUGUCGGACUUAUGGCGGUAUCACCACAUUCUCCUGCCCGCGGCCGUACGGCAUUGAUGAUAAUGACGACAUCUACUGCUGUAAAAGUGGAACUGACUGUUGUGACGACUGCUGGGACGGUGAUGACACCUCAUCUUGUUCUGAUCACUGGGGCAACGCCGUCAGCAGUGCACUGCGACUCGGUAUCGGCGCCAUCAUCGGCAUAAUUGUGGGAUGCAUCGUCUUGAUCAUCAUCGUCAUUGUGGCGUGUGUCCUCUGCUGCUGCGCAUGCGCCAAGGGGUCCAGCCAGAGAAACCAACCACAGGCUGUCCAAAUGGCUCCUGCUGCCCAGCCAGUGCAGUACCCACCGGGUCAGUAUCCCCAGUACCCCCCUGCACAGCCUCCUGCCUACCCGCAGUACCCGGAUGGACAACCCCCAGCCUACCCCCAGAACCCAGCCUACCCACCCAAGGUUUAGGCAAGAAUCAUUGUGAUUCACUGCAAUCACAAGUAACACAACGUUUUGGCCCGACAAUACAGAAGAAUGUAGGUCUAAAACCAUGUGGUUAUGAGUGAUUCUUCUCAAUUUAUCGCCAUAUAUACAGCAUUUUUAUACAGCAUUUUACUACAUCAGAGAGUGGAGAUUGGAAAUAAAGAAUACAAAUACAAUAUAGCUGUUAUAACAAUGUUGAAAGCUGAUGUGAUGAAAUGUAGACUCACUUAUCGAUAUUCUGUCAGUAAUGAAACAAUUGGUUAUUUUGUAACAUUUCCAUAUCAUGCGUACUGAUAUCAUGAUAAAUAUCAAUAAGGUCUAACAGUUACGUUAUCUGCUUCGUAUCCGCAGAAAUUAUGAUUUUCAAUUUCUAUUAGUUAAGUUUCUAAUGAGUAUCUAUUGAAUUUAUGCCUUCUAGAAGUUCGUACUUUCUGAUACGCUGUUCUGUAGUUGUAUAAUUGCUAGAGCUCUUGGUGGAAUGUACAAUGCACCUUCAUUCUACAUAUAUGUUACGUAGAUGACGGAAUUCCUAUAUUCAAAGUCAUAUUACCAUCUAUCAUGUAGCAAUAUAUACUUUCAAUCUCUCUGCCCCCUGAAAUAGUCACGACUUUUAAAGCGAUCUAGCUGAACAAAAUGUGAUGAUUUCUAUUACAAUUGUCUAAGUUAGUGUGGUAUGUAGAUUGUUGUUAUUUGAGAUAUUUCAAUUGUCUUAUUAAAAAUGUCUGGAAAGUUA